AGCACCAUUGUUUGCAAGCUUGCCUUGGCUGCUGCUUGAGCUUCGGGAUUAUUAUUAGAGCAGCUGUGUAUUUGAAAAAAGUGAUAAACCAGUAGCAUAAUUGAAUCUGUGGCUUUGUGAGGAAUAUCUGUGCAGCUCAUUUAUUAUCUGUGACAAACAUUCAUUCACAUGUAGCUCAAAUGGCGAGCAGCCGUGCUUGAGCACACUGAGUGCCUCGGUGUGACGGUGUCCCGGCUGGCUGGCAGGCUGCAGCUCAGUCCGCACGGCAGACCGUCGCACCAGUCGGCCUGGUGGUUAAAUAUGGAAUAUUUUCACAGUGCGAACUGCCAAAUCCUUUUGCACCGGCGGAAAAUAAGAGCUCUGUAGUAGCGCAAAUUAGAAAACCAGUUCAUUUCGCCGUUUUUUAUGGCUUCUGGCUCCGGAGAUGAAGAGGGAAACACGGACGGCGUUUCAUGGAGACUCAUAGGCCCGGCCUCGGUGCUUUCCAAGAAGCGCUGCCGUCUAAUGCACUCCUCCCUCGGCUACGACUCGGAUGUCUGCCUCUUCUACGUGAAGGGGGAGUUUUUUGCCAUGAAUGCUCGCUGUUCACAUUCCGGCGGUCCUCUGUGUGAGGGGGACAUCGAGGAGGCUGAUGGUGUCCUGCAGGUCUUCUGCCCCUGGCACGACUAUAACUUUGACCUCAGAACUGGGAAGUCAGGAACCUCCUUACAGCAACAAGUGUAUGAAGUCAAGCUGGAAGAUGGAAAUGUGUAUGUGAAACACGCCAGUCGUCUCUCCUUACAGCCUUUUCCUGCAGAUCAGAAGAGUUGAACAACUUCAGUGCGACUGCUUCCACCCUCAGCCCUUCGUGAGACUGCUGUAGCGAGCCCACCAGGGCUAUUUUUAAGACUGGUUCCACAAACCCAAGCCAUCUGAAACAUUCCUAAGUCUUAUCUGUCAUUUUCACAGACUGUUUCUCCCUUGAUUGCUGUGAACUCAGGACGAUAUCAUGAGGAUUGUCUGAGGAGGAUGUGACAUCAUUAAAUAGUUUCAGAGUUUUUAUUGCUGGCAUUCCAGGUAGAGACUCAUCACAGACAGUGAACAUGGAGAGCUGUAAGCUCACUGCUGACCUCGAUAACACACCAGACAGCAGCGAAUAUGCAACAUAAAAACACAAAACUUUACUUUUUUUCAAUUCAUGUUAUAGAAUUAACCAGCAUAUUUUAUAAUUGGCUAUAAAAAAAAGAUUUGCCUAUUGAUAAUAUUCUAGAUUUUAAGGAUUUUUGAAGAAGAUAAUAGUGUUAUUUCUAAUGGAAAUAUUACAGAGUGAAAUAAGUUUUUUCUUUACAUUUUAAUAGUCAAAUUUGCACUAGCUAUUACAUCGUUUGUUGAAACCCACUAACCACCAAAGUGUAUCUGAAAAUGUUUAAAAACUUUUCAUCUCAAUUCUCAAACUCUCUACCUAUUGUCAGUCUUGUUGCACUUGUAUGCACUAGCAAACAGAAUAUUUUCCCCAGUGUUAUCUCGAAUUUAAAUACAACAUGAUAAUUUGCAAAAGUCAAACCAUAAUUGCAAUGAGGGGGUGAAUUCACAUGCAGCCGGAAAUGAAGCCUUUGUGUUUUGGAGUCAUGUUAGAGGUACUAUGAGUCAUUACAAUGUGUGCCAAAUGCAGUGCUAAUCCUGAGGCCUCAAACUGUUAAUUUCACAGACAAGCAGUCACACUUGUUGAGUUGUGGCCUUUGGAUAAAUUUAGACACUUAUUCCAGUGAUGUCAAGCAACAGAAACUCCCUUUCACAAUUUGUAUUUCUGGCCUUUUUUUUUAUUAACCCAAAUAGAGUUCCAGCAAGUAGAACACACAUGAAGGGCACUGCAAUUACGAUUGGUGGUAGUCCCGGCAUUAAGACAUCUCCAUCAGCAUUUCUCUCCAUUCCUGGCCUGUGCACAGAGAGGUUUGUCUAUUACUGACGCAAUGGGACUAAAAAGAAACGGUUAGUAAGGCGCCAGAGGAAGGUUCACGACCUGAAAUGCAUCAUUGACUCACGAAAAAUGUGGGGUUUUUUUGUGUGUGCACACUGAGUGUGUUUUCUUUAUUCCUGGUGGUGGUAAGAGCAGUCACUCACUAUAUUUUCUGUCAGCUUCAUUUUCUGGUAGACACACAGAGCCCAGUCAUGAAGGUGUCAGUGACAGUGUGGCUCAACACUCUCAUUUUCCUCCCUGCUGUGCAACUUUAUUACAAUAAUAAUUCCACUGGCUAAAAUGUCUGUUGUGUGCACCAGAGGUCUUGCUUUGUACAUUAUAACUCAUCACCUGGAGGGUAAUGGGCAUGCACAAUGGAGAUGCAGCUAUUUUGUGUCGGUGGAAAAGUCAAAGUAAACAUUGUUCAGGAUUCUGCAUAGGUCAGGAGUGUUUUUUUUUUUUUACUUUUUGACAUUACAUCCAGCAUUCAUGUCAGCCUUUUGCUAUAUGUUACAUUUAUUUCUUAUGCUUAGUUAAUUGUAAUGCAUUUUGUUUCUUUAUUAUGUAUCUGGCCUAUAUGUUGAAAAUAUGCAUACACUAACUUUAGGCACAUUUAAUUUCAACUACUUGUCAGUUGUACGCUGCCAAUGUUUUGUUUUUUGUAAGCUGUAUUUAUUGUUGUGACUUACGCAAAGCUGAAAAGUUUAUCUAUAUAUGAUUUUUCAGUGUCCUUAAUACAUAAUGCACAAGAAUAUGAAUGAAAAAGUUUACACAAAAUCAUUUAUUUACAGUUUCAUGUUCUUAGUUAUAGUAGAUUUCAUACAAUACAGAAUUUACACGUAAAACUUAAUUCAGAGAGAAACGAGAUUGGCAUCACCAUGCAAUAGUUAAGCGUAGUAUUAUUAGGAGUUAAUUUAUGUCAUUUCUGUUACCGGAGCUCACAGUGGCAAAUCUCUUCGUAUACUCCAGAAAGUGGUGGAAAGGUUCAAGGAUGACCUCCUGAAUAAAUUAUCCUUAAGACCAGCUGGACUGUAUAGAAGAGAAAAUGGAUGAAGUUACUGUUAAAUUAUUGGUGGUUUCUGGUGGACUGAGAGUCUUGUGCUUUUCUGCACAAAGUUAAAUAGUGCCAGUUAGGAUUACACGCACCCACUGAAAUUAUGUGACAAAGAGGCAAAAUCAUAUUAAGUAUUUCCAAAGUUAAUAACUUCACAGAUUCCUUUUUAAAUUUUUAAUUGUAAAAAAAAAACAUCAAAAGUUUAGCCAGUAAGUCUAAGGCGAAGAAAAGACCCUUGAAAAUACUAAUUGACAAGCAAUCAAGACUUCAAUAAGGCUACAACUGUAACAAUAGUAUAAAGUAUUCAUUGAAGGAUUAGUUUGACAUUUUCGGAAAUGCGCUUGUUUGUUUUCUUGUCAAGAGUUAGAUGAGAAAAUCGAUACCAUUCUCGUGUCUGUACGGUUUAUAUGAAGCUACAGCUAGCAGCCAGUUAGCUUAGUUUAGUAUAAAGAUAACUAAAAACAGCUAGCCUGGCUCUGUCCAAAGGUAACAAAAUUCGCAAAUACCAGCACCUUUAAAGCACACUAAUGAACAUGUUAUAUCUUGUUUGUUUUAUCUGUGCUAACACGGAAGUGUAAAAAACGACAAAUUGUGACAGAUUAUUUCUUUGCUUUGCACAGUGACUUCCUGGAGUCCUGACGUUACUGUGAACUUGCCAUGUUACCAGUGGAGUUUCCAGGAGAUCCAGGCUAGCUAUUUCCCCUGUUUCCAGUCUUUAUGCUAAGCUAAGAUAACAGGCUACUGGCUGUAGUCUAAUAUUUAACGGACAGAAAUGUUGAACUAUUCCUUUAAAUAUGUAAAACAAAAAUACAUAAAUCUCCAUUAAGCCAUAUUUGUGAUAUUAACAUUGAACCCCUGUAAAAUGAAAAGGUUGCUACAACUACUGCCAUUCCCACUGAGAUUCACUGAGAUAAACAUUUUCUUUACUAUGUGUUUUAUCUGUUGGAUUCAGGCUUAAACUCCCUUUAUUUGAUUCUGAAGUCUUUGGAAACAUUUUAUUAAUUAAAUAAAUAUUGCAGAGGUUCUUUAAUCUCCUUUGAAGUUCCCAAGAAGACAAAAUAACUGUUUGGAGAACCCAGCUUACUUUCCCAUGCAAAGCCUUAUAUAAUGGUUUACUCAGCCUAUUAUUGUUACCUUGUACUUCAAACUCCCCUGAUAACUUCUUAUGAAUAAGCCAAUUCUCCUGUCAAAGCAUUCUCCUCCAAAACCUGCAUUCUUCCAUGUGCAACCACUUUUGAAGCCUGAUAUUCUGUAAGUGAUGGACUGUGAGGCCAAAGACCACUAAUAUUUUCCCUUGCUUUUUUCCAUUUACCAAACAGUACCCCAAAAUGAUUAAAUCCAUCACUAGAUAA